AGAUAUUGAAGGAAAGGAACUGAAAGUAACAAUAGAGUCUGUUCAUGACAUGUUGGGCAUACCAAUUGGUGGAACCAAACUUACAGAACCGGAUCAAUGGCCUAAGGAUGAUACAAGUUAUGAUGAAUGGAAGCAACAAUUUAAAAAAGAUUCAAUCAUCCGACUAAGUGCAAUAAAAAAAUGUUAUUGUUUCUACCACACAAGUUGAUUUCAAUUUCAAAUUGAACUUCUUAGUUCUUUUUGUCAACACGUUUUGCGAGUCAACAUCAAUGGGAAGAUGUAUACGGUUUCCCUUGAGUUGUAUUUCAAGAAGAACAGAUAUCAGCAACAUAGACUGGUACAGCUAUGUUUUGGACUGUCUUGUCAGAACAAAAAAACUCAUGCAUACCAUACUCAGAUACCAGCUUCUUUGUUGGACCUUCAGCUUUCUUGGUGUUAUCAUUCAUGUGCAGUUGUUCUAUGCUAAUAACAUCCAAUCAGAAGCUUUGACAGUAACACGUAAACGUCCAACAAUUUGUUAUUGUAGUUCAGAGAAGAUUAGAUAUCGAGAGGCAUUUGAACAAGAAAAAGGUAGAUUUGGACUUGGAGAAAUAAAUGAAGAAUUUGUUGACGAACAAGAUGAAGGAGAUACAGAUCUCAAAGACAAUGAUUAUGAUAAAGAUGAAGAUCAUUAUGUUGAGGCAUAUGAAUCAAAAAUAUCAAAAAUGACUAAUAGUUUUGAGAGGUUGAAGGAAAAACUAAAUUCAAAGCUUUAUGAUGCGAUGAUAAAGUUCCCUGAAAAGGAAAGCUUUAGAAUUUUCAAGGAAAAGAUCACAAAUAUGAUUGUUGAAGAAAAAACUGAAAGCACAACACUUUUUAAUUUUCCAAGUAAUGAAACUGGAGUUGAAGGAAUCAAUUUGACACCAAUAAUGGGUCAAAAAACAAAUGAUAAAAAAGAAAAUGAAGAUAAGGAGGGAAAUGGAGAAGAAGGCAAUGAUAAUGAUGCAAGUCAACUAGAAGUAGAUUAUUUACUUGAUUCAAAUGAACCAGAGAAUGAAGCAAUAAAGAAUGAUGCAGAUAAGAAUAAAAAAGAAGGUGAAAUUGGAGUAAAAGAGAAAGAUGGAAAGAGGAAUGAAAAUGAGAAUGAUGAAGAGGAAAAAGAUGAUCAUGCUAAGGAAACAAAUAAUCAUGAGGAGACUAUUCAACAAACUGAACAUGAAAUUUUUUUGGAUAAAGUUGUUGACAACAUUAUGGGCAAUGUCCUUGGAAUUGGAAUUUCAAGUUUAAAUAGUCAAGAAGAUGAAUUCUGGAAUCACCCUGAAAUGAAAACUAUUUUCGAUAAUAUUGAUAUAGGUAAAAUUAAUACUCUUGCAGAAAAGGAAAAAUCAGAAGGUGUACAUGAACAAGGAACAAAAGUUGAAAAAACAAAAGGAGAUGAUACAGGCAAGGAAAACUCUGAAGAUAGAAAUGAAGGAGGAAUAGAAGCUAAGAACACGAAAUAUGGAGGUGAAGAAAAACAUACAGAAACUGAGAAAGGAAAUGCAGAAGAUAAAGAUACUCAUCCAAGCUUUAGUCUAGGUCUCAGUCAAGAUUCAGAUCAAACUUUAAGUAAAAAAUCUAAUGAAUCUUCACCAAAUAAACCACUUAUAAAGAAACAAAUCAAAGAUGACCAUCAUAAGGUUGUUAUCAGAUUAGCAAAGAAAAAUGUUUUUAAUCCAAAUCCAAUCUCUGUAUCAAUUCCUACUGAAGUAGGACCAUCAAAGCAUGGUCUGGAUCAACCAAGAGAGAAGAAGCUUGCUGAUGCUUUCAAAUCACCUUUCAAAUGCAGAAUAACAGACACAAAACCCAAACUGACACAUCGAGAGAGUAUUGUCAGUGAAUGGUUGUUCAACUUACAAGGCAAUACAUCAUAA